GGACCCGGAGCCGGUCAGUGCUCCAGGGAACUCGGCUUGCGCUGCUGAGGCGACGGCGGCGGGAGGCCAGGCCCAGCGCCCUGGAGCUGGCCUUCUGGGGAGGGACGGGAGGCGCGCGCGCGAGGGUCAGCCCGGCCAGGGCCCCGGGCACCCCCAAGAGCCCGCCGCGUUCCCAGCCUGCCCGAAGCCGAUGCUCGGCGGCUGGCCCGUGCUGCGGCUGGAGUGGGGGCCCGGCUCUGCAUGGCCCCGGCUGCUGACAUGACUUCUUUGCCACUCGGUGUCAAAGUGGAGGACUCGGUCUACGGGAAGCCGGCGGGCUUAGGCGCGGGCCAAGUCCCCAGCGCCGCCGCCGGCACGGCGGCAGCCAUGGGCGCAGAUGAGGAGGGUGCCAAGCCCAAAGUAUCCCCUUCGCUUCUGCCCUUCAGCGUGGAGGCGCUCAUGGCCGACCACAGGAAACCAGGGGCCAAGGAGAGCGCCCUGGCGGCCUCUGAGGGCGCGCAGGCGGCAAGCGGCGGGGCGCAGCCCCUGGGCAUCCGGCCCGGAUCAUUGGGUGCCCAGGACUCGCCCUCCUCGCCGCGGCCGCUCGGCCAUUUCUCAGUGGGAGGACUCCUCAAGCUGCCAGAAGACGCACUUAUCAAAGCCGAGAGCCCUGAGAAGCCCGAGAGGACCCCGUGGAUGCAGAGCCCCCGCUUCUCCCCGCCCCCGGCCAGGCGGCUGAGCCCUCCAGCCUGCACCCUUCGCAAGCACAAGACUAACCGUAAGCCGAGGACGCCUUUCACCACCGCGCAGCUGCUGGCGCUGGAGCGCAAGUUCCGCCAAAAGCAGUACCUGUCCAUCGCCGAGCGAGCCGAGUUCUCCAGCUCACUCAGCCUCACCGAGACACAGGUGAAGAUCUGGUUCCAGAACCGCCGCGCCAAGGCCAAGAGACUACAGGAAGCAGAGCUGGAGAAGCUGAAGAUGGCCGCCAAGCCCAUGCUGCCCCCAGCCGCCUUCGGCCUCUCCUUUCCUCUAGGCGGUCCAGCAGCUGUAGCUGCCGCUGCGGGUGCCUCUCUCUACGGUGCCUCUGGCCCCUUCCAGCGUGCCGCGCUGCCUGUGGCACCCGUGGGACUGUACACGGCCCAUGUAGGCUACAGCAUGUACCACCUGACAUAGAGGGUCCCAGGAUCCGGUCGCCCACCCGGGGCCGGAGGAUCCCUGCAGCUCUGCUUCAAGCAGCAGGAGCUGUGUCCCAACGUGCUCCUCUGUACAGCACCGUCUGGUGCCUCCUCGUCAGCCCCCACACUCCUCUGGUUUCCUCCUGGUUGCUCCCUGCAUUCUCUCUGCAAAGUCUGAUCCCCUCCCAAAAGUGGCUGGAAGCGUUCCUUGGCACUCCUCUAGAAUCUAGAUAUACACACUUGAGUUAAGGAUGGGGAAACAGAGACCAGAGAAGUUAAGAGAUUUAUCUAGGAUCCCCAGCAGCAUUAGUGAUUGAACAGGACUAGAGGCCACCUCUGCUGCAUAGCUGCUGCCUGUCCUGACACCAGGCAGGAAAAUCACGGAGCAAUCAGUGUUUGAUGAUCUUGGAAAGGAGAACAGUCU